AAAAAUGCUUCUAUUAGCAAUUCUACUUUUAAUUUGCACAAUUAUUUUGAUUAUAUUUUUUAUCAGUCAUUGUGCACUCCUUCCAAAAAGGACAAAUCCCCAUCCAGAAUUAAUUCCCUACAGCGUUGUUAAAAGUCCCAGAAAAUAUUCAGCAUUUACUGACCACGAAUACAGUACUAGUCCAUCACCUUCUUCUGCUGUUAGAUCAAUGCAAUCACUUGAAUAUUUACAUAAAAAAUUAGAAGAAAGAUGUAGACCAAGAAGCCAUUCUAUGGAGGAUUCAAGACCUAAAAGUGAUUAUCUUCAUCCAAAAUAUUCACUCCCGCCAGCAAAAUGUGGUCCAGAUUGGGAAAUUUUUUUGAAUGAAAAUGGAAUUUUGCGGGCACCUUUAAAAUUUCAUAACAAACAAGAAUUGGACAGAAAUUUUUCGUGA